UCCCCGCUCCCGAAAAGACUAACCUACCCCUCAGCCUCACCGGCAUUGGUAGGGCAUUCCCGUAAUUUCGCGGAACGUGUGGCCUUUUUUCGCUCCUAUAAUUCCCAAGCGCGCUUCGUGCGCCCCUGUUCUGUGCCGUAGGCGUUGGCUGAUCAGUUACAGGACAAGAUCUUAAGAUCUCGAGAUGGUCAAUUACUGGAAAGCUAAGGUCCUUCCGACCAUCAAGAAAGUCUUCGACACCAACGGCAAGAAAGCCGCCGCUGCAGAGGCGUCCAAGUCCUUCGAUCAAUCAAAGGAGGAUAUCUCAAAGGAGUUCGAGGAGAAGAAGGGCGAGCUGCAACCCAAAGUCGUGGAGAUCUACGAAGCUUCUGCUGUUGAGAUCAAGACUUUAGUCAAGGAACCUACAAAGCAAGGACUGAAGAAGAAAUCCACCGGCGUCGUAAGCUUCAUCGAAGAACUAGUAAAGAUCGAGUUCCCUGGCUCGAAGCCGGUGAGCGAGGCCGCCAGUAAGUACGGCGCCGGCCUCGUCUCCGAUCCGGUGAUCUUCAUCUUCGAGAAGGUCACGACCUUGCUCCCCGCCGAAGAACCUCCUGCUCCCGCAGAGCCAGCGGCCGCGGUCGAGACUGAAGACAAGGAGAUCACGCCGGAGGCGGCGGAGGAGAUCAAGAAGGAGGCCGCCGAGAAGGAGGCGGCGGCGACCCCAGCUGCAGAAGCUCCCCCGCCGCCCCCCGCCGCCGAUCCGGCACCGGCGGCAGAGCCGGCGGCUGAACCCGCCAAGGCUUGAGAUCAGUACAGAUCAUGUAGUCAUGCCGGCGCCGUUACAAUUGCCCGAUUUGUUAUGUCAUAUCCCGUCUUUCUUUCUUUCUUUCUUUCUUUGUCCUGUACGUACCUCUGUUUUCUCUCUUUCUUCUUUUUUGGUUUUUUGUGAAGAAGGUGAUGCAUGAAGCUGUGUAAUAUUAUGAUUAAAUUGUGUUGUGUAUCCGUCCGACUGAAUUGAUGUAUCUCAGUUUUGGGAGGUGUAGUCGAAUGAACUCUGUAAAUCUCCAUUGCUGUUAAUCUGAGGUCGUGUCUCAUUAA